AUGGGUGCCUGUUCAAGUUGCUGCGCCGACCGCAACCGUAGCGGUCUCUAUGAGCCCUUGCUCCAGGAGAAUGAGCGGGAAGCUGUCGCCGACUUGCUGCAGUACUUGGAGAAUCGCACAGAGACCAACUUUUUCGAGGGCGAUCCACUGCGAGCACUUUCAACACUCGCCUUCUCGGACAAUGUCGACCUUCAGCGCUCGGCUGCCCUUGCUUUUGCAGAGAUCACUGAAAAAGACGUCAGAGCUGUGGAUCGAGAUACAUUGGAGCCCGUUCUCUUUUUGCUCCAGUCGCACGAUGUUGAGGUUCAACGAGCUGCCUCGGCUGCUCUGGGCAACCUGGCCGUCAACACGGAGAACAAGUUGCUGAUUGUAAAGCUUGGUGGAUUGGAACCUCUCAUCCGCCAGAUGUUGUCGCCUAACGUCGAAGUCCAGUGCAACGCCGUCGGAUGCAUCACCAACCUCGCCACACAUGACGAAAAUAAGACCAAGAUCGCAAAAUCAGGAGCUUUGGUUCCCCUCACACGCCUCGCACGAUCCAAGGACAUGAGGGUUCAGCGUAACGCAACAGGAGCACUCCUCAACAUGACACACUCAGACGAGAACAGACAGCAAUUGGUCAACGCAGGCGCCAUCCCUGUCCUCGUCAGCCUGCUCAGCUCACCCGACACAGAUGUUCAGUACUACUGCACAACCGCCCUCAGCAAUAUCGCCGUCGACGCGGCCAACCGGAAAAAGUUAGCUCAAACAGAGACCAAGCUCGUCAACUCUCUGAUUGGAUUGAUGGACUCAACAAGUCUGAAGGUCGAGUGCCAAGCAGCUUUGGCCCUUCGUAACUUGGCUUCAGACGAAAAGUAUCAGCUCGAGAUUGUUCGGUCUCGCGGCUUGACCCCUCUGCUCCGCCUCUUGCAGUCGACUUUUCUGCCCCUGAUUCUCUCUUCUGUUGCCUGUAUCCGCAACAUUUCCAUUCACCCCUUGAACGAGUCACCCAUUAUCGAUGCAGGAUUCCUGGACCCUCUGAUUGAGCUUUUGGCAUAUGACGAGAACGAGGAGAUUCAGUGCCACGCCAUUUCGACACUCCGCAACCUUGCCGCCAGCAGUGAGCGCAACAAGAAGGCCAUUGUCGAGGCUGGCGCUGUUGAGCGUGUCUGUGCCUUGGUCUUGAACGUUCCCCUCAGUGUCCAGUCUGAGAUGACUGCUUGCGUCGCCGUCCUUGCCCUCUCUGAUGACUUAAAGCCAAGACUUUUGCAGUUGGGAGCUUUGGAUGUGUUGAUUCCAUUGACGGACUCGUCAAGUGUAGAGGUGCAGGGCAACAGUGCAGCAGCGAUUGGAAACUUGUCGUCAAAGGUGCAGGAUUAUCAGCCAUUUAUCUCUGUCUGGGAUAAACCAUCGGGAGGUCUUCAUGGAUAUCUCUCUCGGUUCCUUGAGAGUGCUGAUACGACAUUCCAGCACAUUGCGAUCUGGACGAUUGUUCAGUUCUUGGAGGGGCUCGACUCGGAGUUGAUUGAUUUGAUUACACACUCGCCCGAGAUUAUACCCGCGGUCCGCCAGUUGACACAGAGUCUGGAUUCGACGUCGCCACACCAGCAGGACGGAGACAACAUAAUGAACGACGAGAGCGAGAUUGUUGGACUUGCAAGACGGGUCAUCGGCAUGUUGUCCCAGACCGACUAA